ACUACCUUGAAAUGUGUCCUCUUCACCAGUAACCUGCUCUUCACUGUGUUGGGUCUGGCCACACUGGGGCUCGGACUCUGGGGCCUUUUCAACAAAGAAUCCUUUGCCCAGGAGAAACUGGGCAGCAUCGGCACUGACCCCAUGCUGCUCUUUGUCUUCCUGGGCUUGGUGUUGUCACUGCUGUGCCUGACAGGCUGCGUGGGGGCCGUGCGGGAAAACUACUGCCUUCUUCGCACCUUCUCGGUUGUCCUGUUGUUCCUGGUGGCCGCCCAAGUACUGGCGGCCAUUGUGGCCUACAGCCUGCAGGGCCAGAUUGCCAACCUGCUGCGCACAGGCAUGCUGAAUGCUAUGGUGCGCUACCAAGACGACCUGGAUCUGAGGUUCAUCACGGACGAGAUCCAAACAGGGUUACAGUGCUGCGGGGCGGAUAACUAUCGAGACUGGCAGAUCAACAGCUAUUUUAACUGCUCAGCUCCAGGAAUUCAGGCCUGCAGUGUGCCGCCUUCAUGCUGUGUGGACCCUCUGGAGAAUGGCACAGUGUGGAACUCUCAGUGUGGAGUCGGGGCUCAGCUGCUGGACGAGUUCUCAGCCCAGAGCGUUAUAUUCCUGGGGGGCUGCCUGGGCAGUAUCUCCCGCUGGAUUGAGCAGCACUCCGGCCUCAUAGGCACGGUGGCAAUCGUCCUACUGGGAGUCCAGCUCAUCAUGUUGAUUAUUACUACACGCCUGCUGGACAGUAUUCAGUGGAAUAGAGCACAAGCACAGCAAAGAACAGUCAGAAGCUAA